AUGCCUCACUUGGCGUCUUCUCUAAUCUUCCCGCGCCAGUCACCCGACCUCCCUUCACCGUAUGGGGUGCAAGUUCUCCGGGCCUCCUUGGCAAGCUAUCUUCACGAGCUCAGAGGGAUGGCUCGCAGCCGCUCUGGGCUUGCACGAGAAGCAGAACCAGCGCGGUUAUUUAAAUGGGGACGGUCGCAUGUCCGCAAAUCCUCCCACCCACCUCCCACAACAUUCACUAUCAUGCCUUCUACUUGCGAUAUCGAGCUCGACACCGAGUCCUACAAGGGGAAGAUCCACAUCGAGACCGGGCUCUUCAUCGGCGGAAAGUUUGUCGACCCUAUCGAGUCAAAGGAGCUCGUAGAUGUCAUCAACCCAAGCACGGGUCUGAAGAUCGCGAGCGUCCAGAUCGGGACCAGCAAAGACGUGAACUUCGCCGUCGACACGGCGUGGAAGACUUACCGGUCCGCAUGGGGCCUGAAGGUUCCGGCGGCCCAGCGUGGAAAACUUCUCGCGCGUUUGGCUGAUCUUCUCGAGCGCGACUUGGAUCAAUUCGCGGCUCUGGAGACGCUCAAUGCCGGCAAACCAUUCGCCGUUGCGCAGAGGAGUGACAUAGCCGGAAGCAUCCGCUGCAUCCGGUACUUUGCGGGUUAUGCUGACAAGAUUCACGGCGACACGAUCGAGACUCACGACAAGCGCUUGGCCUACACCCGCCGGGAGCCAUAUGGGGUUGUUGGCCAAAUCAUUCCUUGGAAUUUCCCGAUGAUGAUGUUGUCUUGGAAAGUUGGACCGGCCUUGGCCACCGGAAAUUGUAUCGUCAUGAAGGCAAAUUUCUUCCCUUCCGAGCUGACGCCUUUGUCUGCGCUCAAAUUCGCCGAACUCGUCAAUGAAGCCGGGUUCCCUCCCGGUGUUUUCAACAUUGUCAACGGCUACGGUCCUACUGUCGGCCAGACUAUCAUCGAGCACCCGGACAUCCAGAAAGUUGCGUUCACCGGAAGUACUUUGGUCGGACGCAAAGUUCUCGAAGCCUCGGCGCGGACGAAUUUGAAAGUGGUCACGCUGGAGCUCGGAGGAAAGAGCCCGAGUAUUGUGUUUGACGACUGUGACCUCGAGCAAACCAUCCGUUGGGUCGGCGCUGCUAUGUAUGAUAACAUGGGCCAAUCUUGUGUUGCUGGAACACGUAUCUUCGUGCAAGCUGGCAUCUACGACAAAUUCAUCGGGCGUUUCACCGAGCUCGUGAAGACGCUGGCAAAGGACACCGGAGACCCAUUCGCGAAGGCAACCAGGCACGGACCUCAGGUCUCCCAAAAUCAAUUCGACCGAAUUAUGAGCUUCAUUGAAUCCGGUAAGAAGGAUGGUGCUACAGUGCACCUAGGAGGAGACAGGCACGGUUCCGAAGGAUACUUUGUGCAGCCCACAAUCUUCACCAAUGUCAAACCCGAGAUGAAGAUCGUCCAAGAAGAGAUCUUCGGGCCGGUUGCCUCGGUCUUGAAGUUUGAGACUGAAGAAGAGGUCAUCGAAGCCGCAAACAAGACAUCAUACGGUCUUGCUUGCCUGGUAUUCUCUGAAAACAUCAAGCGUGCUCUGCGCGUCGCACACCAGCUCGAGGCCGGCUCUGCCUUCAUCAACAUGCCCCAGAUGACCGAUGCCGCAAUUCCUUUCGGCGGAUUCAAGGAGUCCGGAAUCGGCCGUGAGCACGGAGAAGGUGCUCUCGAGACCUACACCCAGGUCAAGAGUGUGCACGUCAACCUGGGAGAAAUGCGCGCGCUGAGCUCACUACCACUUGAUGAUGACAUCGUCCACUCUCUCAUGACAUUCUGCCCCGACUUUCGAACGCUCCAAAGCCUGAUCCUUGUGUCGAAAGCCUUCUUCGCCGUCUACGAAUCUCAUCCGCGGUCUAUCACUCGAUGCGUUGCCUAUAAUGUCGUCGGCCCCGCUCUGCCGCAGGCUCUCCGCGUGCUUAGGUUCCCGACAAGCGAAUGGGCGCGGCAGCGCGAUGCCAACCCGGAUGAACUUGCGGACACGUGUCCGGAAGACCACGAGCCGAGUGUGAUUACCUGCGAAGAGAAGAACCUGCUCCAGGAUAAUGCGGAGAUGAUCGCUAGGUUCGAGAACAUCUACAGCUUCAGAUUUAAGGACCGAAACUCAAGGACCAGUGUGCUCACUCCUGAAGAAUCUCAAAGGUUCCGGCGCGCCGCGUAUCGUAUCUUGCUGUACUCGGAGAUCUUCACCUCAAGAGGAUGGGAUGUGAAUGAUAUCCUGGACAUGGAGGCCGAUGAAGUGAUGGACUUUGUGAAACAGCGGACCGCAUUCUUCAUGCGAUUCCCCACAGACGAGUUGCUGGAGAUUUGGUCUGUCACCGAGUACAUGCGGCACAUAUACUUGGAGCUCGGCAUCAGGGAGGAGAGUACAGAUGUUGCAAUGAUGCACCUGCUGACUUUGGGACCAGAAGCCGUCGUUCAGGCAUGGGACACUCGCAAUCCGUAUGGCGUUCUUUGUGAGAUGGACGUCGAUGACUUUUCGGAAAUGGACGAGGAGCCUCCGUUAUUUUCAGGGUUCUAUGACGCGCCUCUGCAGAAGAUAUGGUCCGUUCGGAAGGUCCAGGCACCCAAAGAAGACGAUUCUCCUUCCAAAUGGGUCUUGGACACCGUGAACGGCGCGAAUGAUACAUGGGGGCUGCAGCUUUUGAGUUCCGCAAACUGGGGUCGCUUUCCGUGCAAAACUACCAGUUUCUGGCCAGGCAAUCUUGCUCGUAACAUCUCUCUUUGGAACACGAUUGACCAGCUCGAUGUGGAAAGGCAGAAUACUUCGAACUGGUUUGAAUCAUGGAUCCUGGGGGUCUUCGACGCUCGACCGACGGACGCGAACUCGGAAUGGGCAACUUGGACUCCGGACGAUUCAUAUUGUAAAGACUGUAUAGCCAAAUUCCUGAAUGGCAAUGCCUGGCGCUGGUUGCUGAACAAGAAGAUCGAGAGUGGCUGGAAUCCUCCGGAGAACUGCUGGUAUGGGUACAACUGCCGAACCCAGACCCGCGUUUCAACGCACGCAGCCAAGUUGAACGAGCCAGACCCCGAACCUUUUCUGCCGCCCGAGCUCGAAUGGCUAAUCUUCGAAUUCGCCGCUAAAAUGCACCCGCAAUGCAUCGUCCAGUGUAUCCGGGUCGCGCGUCGUGUCCGCAUAUGGUUGGAGCCCCUCCUCUACGGAAAGUUCCUCGUCGAAGAUUCCACCGCCGAGCAUAUACGCGCAACCGUUUCGCUGGACACCAUGUUGGGCAUCCUCAGUGCGAAACCACCGGACUUCCUGCGCAGGCACAUACACCACCUCGCUCUAUCGACCUCGAUGGAAGAAGACGUGCUGGCCCGUCUUCUGCAAGCGUGCAGCAACGUGAAAGAUUUGUGCCUGUGGUCCGGCGGCACGUCUCUCGCCACCUGGCUCCAGGUCCGGCGCCUUGAGAACCUGGAGCGUCUGUCGGUCAAUAUGCAAACUUUGUUCAUCGAUGCCUCGGAUGGGGAGACAUACCUGCCUCCCACGGUAGAGCUGCUUACAGCAUUCCGACACAUCACGCACCUCGACCUGUUCGGGCACAUAUCGCACGCGACGUGGCCGGUUUUCGCAGCGCUGCCUGCCCUGACGAACCUCGCGUUCAAUGACGACUUUUUUCCGGAGACGUUGGACGCCACAUUCGAGCGAUGCCCCAAUCUCCGCGUGCUCGUCGUCAUCUACAACGCCUGGGAGGACUACCACUGCAAGUUCCAAGAGCGGGAGGACGUGUCUUUAGAUGCGCGCGUGUGUUUGGUGUACUGUGGGAACUUCACCGGCGAUUGGCUUGAGGGGCUCGCUGGAGGUGUCGACUUUUGGACGAGGGCCGAGCAAUUCCUUGAGCGCAAACGCCUUCGUCAAGUUCCAGAAACGCACUUCUUCGUCGAUAUCAAGGCAGCAUAGAAUGCUUGACAUUUGGCCCAGCGCUUGCAUACAUUCACCAUCGCACGAAGGUCUGAAUCCACUAGAAGCAAGAAACCAUCGACGUCUUGCCCACGGACCUCUUCGCAAUACUCGAAGCUGCAAUCGCGACGGAUAUUCCAGUGUCAGCUCGUCACACGCCGUUGCAAUGAUCAAAGUGGGCGAGCGAUGUUUACAGAAUCUCUAUCCCCACUCGUCCAAAGCGAUGCAUCACGGGAAAGAUGUUAUGCUGAUGCCCAAGGUGCUCCACAGCGCGGGGCUGAUAGCAUGAGCACAAAACUCUGUUUCAAGCGGUAGGAACUGGAGAACUUUCAGCUUCAAGGUAAAUAGUGGCUCGUAUGGUAUCGAGUGCUUGCUCCUCUCGACACAAUCUGAAUACUUGCUUGUUUGAUUUUUGCACCAUGCCUAUCUGAAACUGCCUCAUCUCAUUGCCCUUUCGCUCUCCCCUGAUUGUCAAACUCUGUAAAGAUUGGCUCACGCAUCUGCAUUUCGAGCCAAUGAGGGUGAUCGUUG